AUGGCUGAUCGUUCAAGGACGACCUCUCAUCUCGUCGGCGGUUUCUUUGGGGGGUUAACUUCGUCUGUAAUCUUACAACCGUUUGAUUUGUUAAAAACCCGAAUUCAACAAAACAAGAAUACUACCUUAAUGAAUGCCAUACGAUCUAUUGAUUCACCAUUACAACUCUGGAGAGGUACACUUCCGUCUGCUUUACGAACUUCAUUUGGAAGUGCUCUGUAUUUAUCGACAUUGAAUAUCGUCAGAUCCACUAUUUCGAAGGGUAGGGCGCAAACUGUCAAACGUACCAACAGCAGCUACCUACCUCAAUUGGGGAUGUAUGAAAACCUCUUCUCUGGGGCCAUUAGCCGUGCCGUGGUAGGACUUAUUACGAUGCCGAUAACGGUAAUUAAAGUGCGUUUUGAAUCGACAAUGUACUCUUACCGCUCGAUGGGAGAAGCUACUUCGCAUAUUUAUAAAUCUGAGGGUCUCAAAGGAUUUUUCAAUGGUUCUGGUGCUACAAUUCUGAGAGAUGCACCUUAUGCUGGUCUUUAUGUUCUUCUUUAUGAGCAAUCAAAGCAACAACUCCCCAAGGUUCUGCCUGGUACGUUAAUUGCGUAUGAUGAAAGGGGCAUGUUCACUACCUAUACUUCGACAAUUGUUAAUUCCAUCGGCGCUUUCCUUUCAGCCAGUUUAGCCACCACGAUAACGUCACCAUUUGAUACAAUCAAAACUAGAAUGCAAUUAGACCCUUCUCGAUUUUCGGGUUUUUUAAAGACUUUUUACUUAAUCUUAAAGGACGAGAAGCCGCGAAACUUGUUUGAUGGAUUAAGCUUGAGAUUGACAAGAAAAGCACUGAGUGCUGGAAUAGCAUGGGGUAUUUAUGAAGAGCUAAUCAAAAAGUUCAUGUCGUGA